AUGACUGCUCCUACCUCAAUGUCUUUGCAACAACAACAACAACAACAACAACAACAACAACAACAACAAGCACAUCAGCAGCGUUCGGGUAUUAUUUCGAACGUGAACGCACCGUCAUCGUCGUCGUCGUCGGCGGCGGCGCCACCGCACGGCAAUGCGCUCUAUAUGCAGCAGAGCAAUCAUGGCGCCCCUGGACCAGCAUACUAUGUCGCAGCUCAGCAGCACCAGCAACUGCAGUCAUACCAUCGGAUGCUCGCAGCUGCAGCGAUAGCCGCAUCUGCUGCAUCGGCAUCACCCACGCCUAAUAUCGCGGUCGCGCGUCGUCCGUCGGUCCCGACCAAUUCUCCCACCACCACGAACCCAGUGCACAUACCAGCGCCCACACCUACAUCUCCGUCUGCGCCGGUGCAUCCGCCUCCGCCUGUCCCCAUUCCCAUCCCUCGACCUGCUUUCGCUGCCACCAUCGGCUCCAGCCCUACUCCCCCACCUGCAGUCGCCGGACCCCAAGCAACCUUAGCCCAAGACUUCACGUCUGCACUCGACCUCCUCCAGCCGACCAAAGCCCUGCUUGACCAGACAUGGGCAACCGCCAUCGCCGCGCUUCAGCGCGAAUCCGAUGCACGGAAAGAGCUGGCAGCGCUCACACAAGUACAAGAGGCUACCCGUAAGGAGGCCAAGUCUGACGAGGAAGCUCGGCGGAUCGACGAAGACAGGCAGAGGUUCAAGGACGGUCAGGCGAAGCUAGAGGAGGAGAAAGCAAAGCUGUUUGGUGAAAAGAUGCGGCUCGAGGAACUGCGUGCGAUGGUGAGAGCGGAAGGAACAAAGUUACUAGAAGAGAGGAGGGCCCUGCACGGAGAGAUCGUGAAAUUCGGGGAGGCGAAAAAGUCUCUCGAACAGGAGAAGGUCAAAAUUGAGGAGAUGAAAUCGCAGGCGGAAGAGGGGAUGAAGAAAUUGGAAAGUGAGGAGAGGGCUUGGGUAGAGAAGAGGGACAAGCAGGUCGAAGUCGAAGUCGAAGAAGAGCGGACCAGGAUCAACAACGAGAAAGCUAGGGCGUUGCAAACGGCGAGGCUGGAGGAUGUGGCAAAGAAAUUGAACGAGGAGAAAUUGAGACUGGAUGAGUUGCGGAAGCAGCUAGAAGAGGAAGAGCUGAAGGUCAGUAAGGCGAAGGCGGACCUCGAGCAGGAGCAGACGAAGUUGGAGGAAGACAAGAGCGCGUUGGAGGCACAAAGGAUACAGUCGGAGGAAGUACGAAGGGUGAAUAAACACGCAAAACAGCGAUCUGAGACGGAAAGACAGACUUUGGAAGCGGAGAACCAGGAGCUGGAGGAGAAGCUAGGGACGAUUCAAGGCAAGCUCUUGAAAGCCUUGAAGGAGAUCAAGGAUCUAGAGUUCGAUGCGACUUCCUCGGCGACGGCCAUGGAUGAUAGACUCAAAGCGGAGUGCCAGGAAACGCUCAAGGCCAAGGCACAGGCUAAAACAGCGGAAGAGGCAAAGAAGAUGGUGAUGGAGCACUGUCAACGGCUGCGCACACGCCUCGAGAAAUCCGAGGCGGAGAAGACCAGCUUGUCCAAAGAGCUCGAGAAGCAUCGGUCAACUACAGGAGCAGCUAUCAAGUCGCGCUCGCGCUCCACUGGGGACGUUCAAUCACAGGAGGUACAGAACGCGAAUUUGUCCAACGUGUCAGCACCUAACCGCAAACGGACAAACAUCGGAGAAGCUACCUCAAAGGUCAUAAGUCUUGUUGAUAGUGAUGAUGAGUUACCUAGGAAGCGUGUUAAAAACGAUCCUACUCCCGCCAUCAAUUAA